AUGUCGCGAACACGAGGUCCGAGUCGCCGACCUACCCAGGCAAAGGCAACGACACGGCCCGGCAUCCUGGCGCCCCGGGGUAGCGGGACAUGGCUCAGCCUCCGGCCCCGGCCGCUUGCUGGGACUCUCCAGGCUGCGCCCCUAGACGGCGCCGGAGCGGGCCACGCAUGCGCCGAUAGCCCGGCCGGCACCGACGCGAACGUGUUGUGGCUGUUCCGGGGCUCCACGGCGCUUUGGUUCUCGCUGCUCCGCUCCGGGCCGUCCUCUGCGUCCAAGGCAGUGACAGCCCACUUGGCCGCCAAGUGGCCGGAGACCCCGCUACUGCUGGAGGCGAGUGAAUUUAUGGCAGAAGAAAGUAAUGAAAAAUUCUGGCAGUUUUUGGAAACUGUGAAAGAAUUAGCAAUUUAUAAGCAAUCAGAAUCAGAUUAUUCUUACUACAACUUAAUCCUGAAGAAAGCUGGACAGUUUCUAGACAAUUUACACAUCAAUCUCUUCAAGUUUGCUUUCUCUAUAAGGACAUACUCUCCAACUAUUCAGAUGUUUCAACAGAUUGCAGCUGAUGAGCCACCCCCAGAUGGUUGUAGUGCAUUUGUGGUUAUCCACAAGGAGCACACCUGUAAAAUUAAGGAUAUUAAAAAGCUGCUGAAGAAGGCUCUUCAAGAAUACUAUGAAUGCUCAUACAGUACAGGAGACUUUCUCAUUCAGGGACUGCCUCAUGAACUGUUAACCUUCAGGUCCUCUAACAGAAACAACAAAGAAUUCCAGGAGGAAGGACAAUCACAACUUUAG